UACAGGCUUUAUAUUUUGAGAGCGCACAGGCAAAGGCACCUCAACUGAGGACCAACUCUUAUUUGGGUCAGACUAAGGAAAGGGUACGUGGUUAGUGUGCGAGAAUGCAUGUCCUGCAGAUUCUCUGUCUACCGGUCAUCGUUGCCUUGUGCCACGCUUCUCCGGACACCACCCUGAAUGACCAGUGGGAACUGUGGAAAAGUCAACAUGAAAAAAUGUACACAGAGCAGAGAGAAGAAGCCCACAGGAGGCUGGUCUGGGAGAAGAACCUGAGGCUCAUAGAGAAACACAACCGGGAAGCUUCACUUGGCCUUCACUCCUUCACCAUGGGGCUCAACCAUUUUGCAGACAUGACAGAGGAGGAGCUGGACUCCAUGUUGAACUGCCUGAAAGAAGAGACAGAUGCCAUUCAGUCUAGAAACGACACCUUCAAACUACCGCAAGACAUUCCCAUUCCACCAUCUGUGGACUGGACGACCCGAGGCCUGGUCAGCCCAGUAACAAAUCAGGGCCGCUGUCACUCUUGCUGGGCUUUCAGUGCAGCAGGGGCCCUAGAGGGGCAGAUGGCACAAAAAACUGGCAAGAUGACACCACUCAGUCCACAGAACCUGGUGGACUGCAGCACCAGUUAUGGUAACCAUGGCUGCAAUGGUGGCUUUUUGUCCAAAGCCUUCAGGUACGUCAUUGAGAACAAGGGCAUCGACUCGGACAACUUUUAUCCCUAUGAGGCAAAGGAAGGGAAAUGUCACUACUCAGUUCAAGGGAAAGCGGGACAAUGCACGGACUUUAAGAUCCUUCCUCAUGGUGAUGAAAAGGCUCUGCAAUACGCUGUUGCCACAGUGGGUCCUGUAUCUGUCGGCAUCUCUUCCACUCUGGACACUUUCCGCUCCUACAAGGGGGGAAUAUAUAAUGAUCCAAGAUGCACUCUGAAACCCGACCACGCAGUGCUGGUAGUGGGGUACGGCACAGACCGUGGGAAGGACUACUGGCUUGUGAAGAACAGCUGGGGAACAGGCUGGGGGGAGAAUGGAUUUGUUCGGAUGGCCAGAAAUAAAAAUAAUCUGUGUGGAAUUGCCAACCAGGCUAUAUAUCCCAUAGUGUGAUAUUACUGGCUAAUCAGAUACAUUCUAAUAUGUGCCCAGCAUUGUUUUUAAAU